CAGGCCGUAGGAAACACACCUUCACAGGUAACAGGUGUGAUGUCAAAUCCUUAAGUUCCCACAAUCAAUACCAUCAGCAGUAGAUCAAAAAUGAUUUUAAUAAUGGACCUCCAGAGGAUGCUGCUGGAUGGGAUUUACUUCAUCCCGCACAACUCAGUGCGGAUUGUCCCGUGCCCGCGCACUAAGCCAAUUGAUGGCGAGCUGGUGCUGAUCACCGGAUCAGCUGGCGGCCUGGGUCGACUCUUUGCUUAGGAAUUCACCAAGCAUGGAGCAGAGGUGGUGCAAAACAUCAUCUUCCUCCACACUGAGGAACAUUUAAAUAAUACUUGCUGCAAUCAAACUGUGUCUGUGUGUGUGUGUCUGUCUGUGUGUGUGUCUCAGACCGUGAAGGCCUUCCUCCCUCAGAUGAAGGCCCAGAAUUAUGGACACAUUGUCCCCAUCGUCAGCUUCCUUGGUCUCUUCAGGACAGUGUCGAGACAGGAUUAUUGUGCCAGUAAGUUUGCUGCAGUUGGCUUCUCCGAGUCUCUGGCCCAUGAGCUGCUGACUGAGGAGUUUGGAGUGAAGACUACUCUUGUGUGCCCCUAUAUCGUGGACACAGGCAUGUUUGAAGGCUGCAAGACACGGCAUCCUGUUUGUCCUUUGGUGCCACUAAUAGGGAGGAGUGGAACUCUGGAGCCCCGGUACUGUGUUGAGCAGGCCAUGAAUGCCAUCCUGACAGACCAACCUUUGGUGUGCAUCCCUUGCCUUACAUAACAGCCUUUUCUCUACAGAGCAUUGUUGCCAUGUGAAUCCAAUGUGGUUACGUAUUGUUUCACGGGGUCUGCCAAGUGCAUGUACCCCUUCAUCAACACCAGAAAGAAACAAAUGUUUACUACCUCCGUUACGGUUGCAUAACCGUACCUAAGUAGAGAUAAGACAGCUUUUGGGAGUCUUAACAUUUAUAUCAAAUGUUCUUUGCAAAAAAA